CAUUGUCACCGCGCUCCAAGUGUUUGAACUGAAAGAGAAACCGCAGCUCAAAAAAAGCAACACGCGAAGCUCCAAAGCCAGCAGUAAAACCGCCAUCUCUCAAAAACCCGGGUGCCGGGCACUCCUUGCCUCCUGCAAGCGGCAGCCGCCCCCAGCCCCCCGCCCAGUCGUCCAGUGCCGCUCCCAGGGAACGUCCCCGCGGGCAGCGGCGGGAUCACAGCGGCACCCGCCGCCGGCUGAGCUAGGCUGCGCUGCGCCCCGCUCGCUUUCUGCGCCGCGGGCAGCCGCUCCGCCGCCGCGCUGCUCCGCUCCGCACCAUGAAGACUGUCCUGAAGUGGUUGCUGGGGAUCUUGGGGGUCGCUGUCGUCGUGACGGCCAUCGCCGUGCCCCUUGCUCUGCUCACCGGCAAAAGUAUCUCUGAGCCUGAUUCACGAAGAACAUAUACUCUACAGAAUUACUUGAACGAUGACUAUAACUACAGAACAUAUAAUUUGGAGUGGAUUUCAGGAAAUCAGUAUCUUCACAAGACAGAUAAUGGGGACAUCCUAUGUAUCAAUGCUGACACCGGAACACCCUCAGUGAUCUUGGCGAAUACGACAUUAGAUAAAUACAAGGCAACCACGGUUCUAUUGUCUCCUGACCAAAAGUUUGCUCUUCUGCAGUACAGCUAUACAAAGUUGUGGAGGCACUCCUACACAGCUUCAUAUCACAUCUAUGACUUUAAUAGCAGUUCUAUCCUGGAUGGAAGCCUACUACCUAAUGAUACACAAUAUAUAUCCUGGUCACCUGUUGGUCACAAACUGGCAUAUGUUUGGAAUAAUAAUGUUUAUAUAAAAGCUUCACCAACAGCAGAAGCUGUGCAAAUCACUAAAAAUGGAGAAGAAAAUAAAAUUUUCAAUGGAAUACCAGAUUGGGUUUAUGAAGAGGAAAUGUUUGGCGCCCAUUAUGCUCUGUGGUGGUCUCCAAAUGGCAAUUUUGUGGCAUAUGCAGCAUUUAAUGAUACAGAAGUUUCUGUUAUAGAGUAUUCCUUUUAUUCUGAGGACACCUUGCAGUACCCAAAGACCAUUAGAAUCCCAUAUCCCAAGGCUGGAGCUACAAAUCCAACUGUGCAAUUCUUUGUUGUGGAUACCAGAUCGCUUCCUAGUUUCCACUCUGCCGAAAUUUCUCCACCUGCAGAAAUAAAAUCAAGGGAUCAUUAUUUGAGUGUUGUAACAUGGGUGACAGAUGAAAGGAUCUGUCUGCAGUGGCUGAGAAGAAUUCAGAAUUUUUCAGUCCUCACAAUCUGUGACUUUGAAAACGCUACUCAAAAUUGGUUGUGUCCACAGGAAAAACAACAUACCGAAGAAAGUACAACUGGCUGGAUUGGCAGAUUUCAGCCAUCUGACCCUCACUUUGCACCUGACAACGCUACCUACUACAGAGUCAUCAGCAAUACGUUUGGUUACAAACACAUCCAUUACAUAAAUAGCUCACAGGCUCCAGUACCUAUCACUGAAGGAGAAUGGGAAGUAAUCAGCAUAGAAGCUGUCACCAAUAACUCUUUAUACUACAUUAGUAAUGAAAAUGGUGGAAUGCCAGGAGGAAGAAAUCUUUAUAAAGUGCUCUUGGAAAACAGUCCAAAAUCUACUAAAUGUGUUAGCUGUGAUCUGAAUCAAGAAAGAUGCCAGUAUUAUUCUGUGUCCUUCAGCAAAGACUCACAGUAUUAUCAGCUACAUUGUCGUGGUCCUGGCCUGCCUGUAUCUACUCUGCACAGAAGCAGUGAUGAUCAAGUCCUCAGAUACUUAGAAAAUAACACUGAACUGGAAAAUUCAUUGAAAGAUAUUCAGAUGCCUUCAAAAAAAUUUGGCUCCAUUACUAUUGGUAAAUAUGACCUAUGGUAUCAAAUGAUAUUGCCUCCCCAUUUCGAUUCAUCAAAGAAGUACCCUCUGCUCCUUGAUGUCUAUGCAGGACCCUGUAGUCAGAAAGUAGAUUACAUCUUCCGGAUCAACUGGGCUACAUACCUUGCAAGCACCGAGCAGAUCAUUGUGGCCAGCUUCGAUGGCAGAGGAAGCGGCUACCAAGGGGAUGAGAUUAUGCAUGCAAUAAACCGAAGACUGGGAACAUACGAAGUGGAAGACCAGAUAGAAGCAGCCAGAAAAUUUUCUGAAAUGAGCUUUGUUGAUAAAGACAGAAUAGCUAUUUGGGGUUGGUCUUAUGGGGGAUAUGUGACCUCCAUGGUGCUUGGCUCUGGAAGCGGCGUGUUCAAGUGUGGAAUAGCGGUUGCCCCCGUGUCACGUUGGCAAUAUUAUGAUUCAAUAUACACAGAGCGAUACAUGGGCCUUCCUGUAGCAACUGAUAAUCUGGAAAACUAUAAUAGUUCAACAGUAAUGGCCAGAGCUAAAAAAUUCAAGGAAGUUGAAUAUCUCCUUAUUCAUGGAACAGCAGAUGAUAAUGUUCACUUUCAGCAAGCAGCACAAAUUUCCAAAGCUCUUGUUGAUGCUGAAGUGGAUUUUCAGGCAAUGUGGUAUACUGACAAAGACCACAGCAUCAGCGGUCAAGCACAUAAGCAUAUAUAUACCCAUAUGAGCCAUUUCAUAAAGCAGUGUUUCUCACUCCCUUAGCACCAGCAUUUCAUUGUUAGUGAUAGUACUUCUCCACAAACCGCUCCAGCUAAUGUACACUGAGCUAGUAUAAACUUUUACAAAUCAAGAUAAGGGUUGGCUCUUGGGAUACCUGUGUACACCAUGAAACACCAAUCUUUGAAAUUAUUUCUGUUGCUAAGCAAUGGUUGCAUUUUUAUUGAUUGUGUUUAAUCAGGUCUUCAUAUCACCAGAAUGUAGGUAUGUUGCAGACUUCUAGAAAGCAUAGUACUCGCUUAAAUCAGUACCUUCUGAUAUUUCAGUCUAAAAGCGUGUUUGUGUUUUGUUUGGCUGUUUUUUUAAAUGUUAUCACUCACACUGUCAUAAAGACAAAAAAGUAUUUCUAUAAUCCAAAAGCUACAUUAACUAGGCUCUCAUUGAAGAACUGCAAGUAUUCCUUCAAUGUAAUCAGAGUAACAUGCUAAAUAAAACUAAAGGUUAUAUAGUAUGGAUAAGUAAGUCUUUAAGGAUGCAGUUCUUUGUGUCUGACCUACCUUACUAAUGGUGGCAUCUCACUGGGAAACUCUUCUGUACUCUCAAUAGAUAGUCAUGUUUUAACUAUCUUAUCUGAGGCAUAACAAAGUACAAUUAUAGUUCUUUGUCUGAAAAGCAGCUUCUAAGAUAUUUUGCUAACAGAACAUGAUGCAACUGUAAAAAAAUGAUUGCUAUAGUAAUAUAAACAAACAUAUUUAGUGUCUUAUUUUCUCUCUGGUAGAUCUCAGCUCCAAAAGUAAUGCAGACAAUAGAGCUGCCUCAGGGAACUGACAACUUACUUGAAAGGCAUGAGCACAGGUAAAUGCCUGAAACAGCUGCCACAGAAGAAAUCCAGCUCCUCUUGUGAGUGUGCAAAGGCAGCACUAGGAACUGGAUGUGCUGAAGUAGUGCCAUGUGCUAGAGUUAGGCAUUUACCCAUUACCUUUCUGAAUCUUUUUCCAUGUGAAAUGGAUACUUAAGUUUGUUGUAAAAUACACUUCAUGUGACAGAUGAAGCCUGAGGUGCAACUGUUGCAGUUCUCUGGCUGGGAGGCUUCCAGUCUUUGGUCUAAAACGUGGUGAAAAAGCUCAAAGGGAUUUAGUAAGAUGGAGUCAAUACUUUAAAUAUUGCAUUUUGGCACUAGUACUAGGCUUUAAAGCCUAAAAGUUUUUCAGUAGCAGAAAUCUAGGGUCCUGAGAAUUAGCAGAAGCUCCCAUGACAGCAGAAGGCUGAGCUGCUGUUCAACUCUUAGACAUUUAAAACAACUGUAGCAUUGAGGAAGUUUAAAUUGUAUGACCUUACCUAUCGAUCUGUAAAAAGGUCCAACUACUGCUGCCUGGCCUGCAUCAUCUCUUCUAGGAGCGAGGGGAACCAACUCGGGACCAGUAAAGCAGAAUUUAUUUCCCACUCUCUUCCGGGCACAGGUCACUGGUGUGCUGUUGGCACCACCAUCAACCACAGGGAGCACACACCAGUAGCAUUGCACGUUUCCAUGAGAUUCUCAUUGAAAAUAGAGCAGGACAGGGCUCUACAAUUAAUUUGUGCAAUAUAUUCAAGUGUCAGGUAGACAUUUAAAAUCUGUACCAUAGUACAAGUUUGUUCUGGGUUUUGCAGUGCAAAAAUAACAUUGAAAAAUUAGUUAGGAUAAAUAUUUAUUUUCACAUAACAUUUCUUAAUUGUGAAAAACACAAUAGUCUAUUCACAUGUACACAUAAACUUUUGUAAUAAAUUACAUCCAAGAAAUUGAGUAAUUUUGACUAGGAAUAUGAAAUUAGAAGUAAAUAUAGCACUACAUUUGCUUUAUAUUGUGUGUGAUUUCAGAAUGUUAAGAUUAACGUUGGAAUAGCAUUUAAAUUCACACAAGAACAGAGUGACUGUUUUAAAAUAAAACCACUCUGAAAUACUGAACGGAAAUACAGAAUGCCAUUGAAUACACUGAUUUCUUAAUAUUCUAAGAGUUGGUCAAGUGAAACUAAUACAUUUUGAUUGUAUACAUGAUCUGUAACAAAGUCAGCAACAUAUUAAAACACCACCAGGCUGCUUUCAGGACAAACCAGUAUUGAAUUUCUAUACUAACCUUAAAACAAUUGGAAUCUUACAAUUUAUCAUCAAGUACACAAAACAAAGCAUUUAACCUUAAUGCAUCAGCAAUUUUUUCCUAAAUUUACAAAUACAAACAUUGAAUUAAAUGUAAAUCCUUCUUUGUGUCCAUUAGAUUAUUUUUCUUUCAUUAAAAUGGCCUUCAAUGGCUUUGAUAAUGCCAAGUCAAAUUUAGAACAGUGGCCCUAUAAGUUUGCAGCAAAAUACACUUAUAAUUUAUGGCUAAAGUAGUAAAACAUAUGCACACGCACAAAAA